GGCGGGCCAUGGAGUGAGCUCCCCUCCCUCUUCCUGGCUGGGAGGCGGUGCUCUAUCUAUCCAAGGAUCCCUCUAUCCGAGGCUUGCUUGCUUGCUUGCUUGCCAUGGGCGAGGGUCCCUGGGCGCCCCUCCUGAGCGACCUCUACCAGUUCAGCAUGGCCUGCGGCUACUGGCGGGGCGGGCGGCAGGGCGAGGCGGCCGCCUUCGAGCUCUUCUUCCGACGGAACCCCUUCCGAGGCGGGUUCGCCCUCGCAGCCGGACUCCACCACUGCCUCGCCUUCCUCCAGGCAUUCCGCUUCUCCAAGGAAGACAUUGAGUAUCUCAAGUCGGUGCUUCCUCCGACCACGGAAGAAGCCUUCUUUGAAUACUUGCGGACUGUGGAUGCGUCUGAAGUGUCCGUCUCAUCCGUUCCAGAAGGCUCCGUUGUCUUCUCCAAGGUGCCUCUCCUUCAGGUGAAGGGCCCUUUACUCGUGGUACAACUCAUAGAAACCACCUUGCUGUGCUUGGUGAACUAUGCCAGCCUUGUGGCAACCAAUGCCUCCAGGUUCCGACUAGCUGCGGGUCCAAACAAGAAACUCUUGGAGUUGGGGCUGCGUCGGGCACAGGGCCCGGAUGGAGGGCUCUCUGCAUCCAAAUAUUCAUACCUUGGAGGCUUUGACUUCACCAGCAACGUCUUGGCCGGGAAGCUUUUUGGGAUUCCCGUGAAAGGGACUAUAGCUCAUUCGUUUGUGUCUUCCUUCACGUCAAUGGGUGAGAUAAAACCACGGAGCCUGCUUCCUCUGGGCGGGAAGGAACCCGUGGACUUCCCCUCCUUAGCAGAGACGUGGCUGAGCCGGGUCUGCCGCUUGCUCCAAGUCCGGCUUGACCAGGUGAACCGUGGAGAGCUGGCCGCCUUCGUGUCUUACGCCAUCACCUUCCCGCAGAACUUCCAGGGCUUAGUGGACACCUACUGUGUGAUGAGGAGUGGCAUCCCAAACUUCUGUGCUGUUGCCUUGGCUCUGAAUGAGUUGGGAUAUCGAGCCAUUGGGUUGCGCCUGGACAGUGGGGACUUGGCCAAGCAGUCCGUCGAGAUACGGCGUGUUUUCCGGAUUUGCAGCAAGCACUUUCAGGUCCCUUGGUUUGAAAACAUUCCCAUCGCUGUGAGUAAUGAUGUCAGCGAACAGAGCCUCGAGGAACUCGCUGCCGAAGGGAAUGAGAUUGACAUGAUCGGCGUUGGGACCCACCUUGUGACAUGCCCCCUUCAGCCUACUCUUGGUUGCGUCUACAAGCUGGUGGAAGUGAAUGGCUGCCCGAGGCUGAAGGUGACGGAAGACAAGGAGAAGAUGACCCUCCCUGGAAGCAAGGUGGUCUAUAGGCUGUGGGAUGCGGCUGGAUUCCCUUGCAUGGACCUGAUGGCACUGGAAAAAGAGCCUCCUCCGAAGGCCGGCCAAGAGAUCACGUUCCGGCCGUUGGGAAGAACUAAAGAAGCCGGGAAAGUGACUCCAGCCGCAGUAGAAACCUUGCACCAGUUGUACUUCAAAGAUGGGCAGGUUUGCCAGCCUCUCCCCAGCCUUGCAGAGACCAAGGCUCAUGCCCAAGCCUCCUUAGAUAAACUCAACCCUAUCCAUAAGAGACUCCAGGAUCCAGAGCCCUACCAGGUUGCUGUGACCGAAAAGCUGUACUCGCUGCUCACCAGCCUCCAGAGCAACGGCUCAUAAUUCACGCAAACCCUUUUGUCCAAAGGCAGAAACGGAUGUGAGCCAACGCACUGAAUCUUCCUGGCGCCAUCGGUCCCUUCUUUGUGCCUUAUAUUGACACUAGAUUUUAUGUGUUUCUGAGAAGAAGCAAACAGUAUUUUCCUAUCCCCCCGUUGUCCCAAUUUGGCAGGGACAAUCCCUAUUAAUCCUUCGUUAUCCUGCUUUUGCAGAUGCUUUUAAAAUGUUCCAGUUUCUCAUUCCAUCUUCCAAUUUUGCAAUCUUGCAAUUCCCAGUAGGCCAAGGGAAAAGCAAACUGCUGCAUCCUCUCCUUGCUUGGAUGUUCUUUUGCAUUAAUACCUUUUGCCCUCUCUACCACAGACUCAUUUUUAAUAUAGGGUAUAUAUUGUUUUGGAGAUUCAUUUUAAUAAACAUAAAUUCUAAUUUAUAA